AUGGCUGUCAACAUCAACAUCGCCGUGAAGCAAUCGGCGGUAGUGAAGCCAUCGGAGCCGACGCCGGCGGCGAUUCUCAACCUCUCCAACCUCGACUCCAUUUUCCCGCGCAUCAUGUACGGCCGCGUCCUCCUCUUCUACCGUCACUCCGACGCCUCCGCCACCGCCUUCCUCGACUCCGCCGUCCUCAAGUCCGCCCUCAGCCGCGCCCUCCUCCACUUCUACCCCUUCGCCGGCCGACUCACCGCCGACCAAAAUAACUGCAUCCAAAUCAACUGCAACGGCGACGGCGCUCUGUUCGUGGAGGCGGAGUGCGACGCCACUUUGGAAGAGCUCGGCUUCUUCCCCAGGUCCGACGUCUCGCUCAUUCCCGCCGCCGAUCAUUCCAAACCAAUUUCAGAAAAGCCUCUCUUUCUCGUCCAGCUUACGCGCUUCCGAUGCGGCGGCGCGUGCAUAGGGUUCGCGGAGGACCACCACGUCGCCGACGGAACCGCCUGCCUCCGAUUCCUCCACACCUGGGCCAAUUUCACACGUGGCGACGGCACCGCCUACCCGCCGCCGUUGAUUGACCGCCGGGCAGCUUUAUCUCCCCGCCGCCCCCCGCAGCCGGCGUUCUCCCACGUGGAGUACCAACCGCCGCCGGCACUGAACAAAACCCAAAACGACGUCGUAACGGAUUCCGAGACGAUAACACUAAUGUACAAACUAACAAAGGAACAAAUAACCGCCCUGAAGGCCAAAUGCAAGGCCGAAAACGACGUCGUCAAGCUCACGACCUUCGAGGUUGUGGCGGGGCAUAUAUGGCGGAGCAUCACCGCCGUCCGCCGCCUGUCGGCCGAUCAGAACACGAAGCUGCGCGUCGCCGUGGACGGACGGCGGAGGAUGGAGCCUCCGCCGCCGGAGGGGUAUUUCGGGAACGUUCUGUUCCACGCCACGCCGAUUGCUCCGGCGGGAGAGCUUGUGGAGAAAUCCGUCGGAUUCGCCGCCGGAAAGUUGCACGAUUCGAUGGCAGCGAUGAAGAGCGAGCGGCUGCAGUCGGCGCUGGACUAUUUGGAGAUGGAGAAAGAUCGGUGGGACGCCAUUGGAGAGAAUUUGUUUAAUUACGAUUCGCCGAAUAUGUCGAUUAUUAGUUGGGUGUGGCUGCCGCUGUACAAUCUGGACUUCGGAAUUGGGCCGCCGGUGGUGGUUUCGCCGGGAUAUGGAAAGGGAAUCGGUUUUCCGUCGGGGUCGUGUAUCGUCACUCGGUCGCCGGAGGACGACGGCGGACAGGUGGUUUAUAUAGUCUUGGCCGGGGAAGAAGAAGCUCAACAGAAUGGUGAUGGAAGCAUUCAGAGGUAUAAAGCUCGUCUUGUGGCCAAAGGCUACCUUCAAAUUUCUGGACAAGACUUCCCUGAUUCAUUUGCUCCGUUUCCUAAAGUUGUCACAGUUCGAAUCUUAAUAGCUAUUGCAGCCCCAAGACAGUGGGAGAUGCAUCAAUUGGACAUAAAUAAUGCUUUCUUGCAUGGCUAUUUGAAUAAGGAGAUAUACAUGGUUCCACCCAAGGCUGUAAUGUUCUCCCGGCCAUAUGUUGUAUGGGGUCAUGCUUGGACUUUCGAAAAUCUCUUUCCGGUUAUUGCUUGUUUCUUGGAUCAUGUUUUAUAUCAUGGAAAACCAAGAAACAAACAACUGUGGAUUUCUGCUGAAGCAGAGUACAGGGCAUUGCAUGCUAUAGUUUAUGUGGCAUUGUCGAUGACAUACUUGAUGCAUGAGCUGUAA